AUGCGUUCACAACUACAGAACAAGCGGCUAAGGGAACCAUCCGCGGACCACGAUACCGAGCAGCAUGGAGUGGAAGGGCCGCCCAGAGCGUCAGAUGACCCGGAGUACUGCCCAUCGGCAUGUGACGAACUGGAAACCGACAGCGACCGUCAAUCCAGUGACAAGAACCAGCUACCCGGCAAGCGCCACAAAUCCCGAUCCGUGUCGGCGAAAACUAAGUCGCAAAGUCAAGAAAUUAUUCAGCACGAAUCGGCGGGGUUAGACCAGGGAUCACAGCUGAUCUCUGCGGCGUCAGAGGAUGCACACAAUAUGGGGGAGCAUAUCAAUGCGGCGUUUGAUGAAUGGGUCCUGCAGGAUGUAGUUCUUCAACGAACAAUUAUGGACGGCAAGGCAACGUUCCUGUUCCGGUUUGACUGGGAUCUGUGCAUGAAACACGGCGCAGAAACCGGCCGUGAGGGGUCUAUGAAGCCCGGCCGAGGCAAACCUAUCGUUAAGAGCAACGAAAGAAGUGGUCAAAAGCCAAGGGAUGAGACAGGGUCGGCGAUGUUGUAG